GAUGCCACCCCGUCGCUCAGCGAGAAAAAAGCGCGAGGAAUGUCUGCAGCGCCGGGAAGGACGAAAUGUUGUGGAGCGUCAUUACCUCCUUCGAGAGCACAUGGACUACCUGAACGGGAAACGCGACCACGACACUGACGUUGGGACCCCCCCCAGAAAAAGGACAAAAAGAAGGCCAAGGUGAAGCUGGCCAAGAAUCCUACAUUAAAAGGUAAGACGCCCCGCUGUGCACUUGAUGCAGAGGGGCACGCCGCUGCUGCUGCGAGUGCGGAAGAGGAUGUCGAUGACGAAGAUGAUAUAUAUUAACGGUUUGAAAAAGAAGUGGAGUAAGUUGACCAAUACAAUGAGUAAAUGCACAAGGAAGAGCCCGCGGCGAAGGCUAUCAAGAAGUUAGGCAAGGGCAAGAAGAAAGCGGCAGCGCCGAAGGCGAAGAAGACGACCAAGGCGGUCAAGAAACCGCCAAGCAGGGACGCCAAAGAAGACCCCAGCGAAUCAGAAGACCCCGGAGACCAAGGAGCCGAGGAAAUCGUUUGCGCGUCAAAAAACGCCGCUGAUCAAGAUGCUGUUGAAGAUGCUGCAAAGAAGAAAAAGAAGGCGAACCAAGAGAAGAAGAGCAAAUCCAAGAUCAAGCGGAAAACGGCGGUGGCCGGACAGCGCGCACGAAGUUCGAUAAGUCCACACGGGGAUUAA